AUGUCGUGCAGAGGUAGAUAUCGUAAUAACCGCCAUCACAAUCAGCAUACAUUGUCAUCGGUUGCUCGAGAGGCAGCCGUAUCUCUACCAGCGGAUAGCCCAGUACUUGCGAUGUUUAAAGCGGCCGCUUUGAAACUAAAUGCUCGACAAGAUCGCCACGAGCGCUUGGUGAAAUUAUCCAGGGAUAUUACCAUAGAGAGCAAAAGGAUAAUUUUCUUAUUGCACUCUGCUAUUACUAAAGAAACAUGUGAAAAAGCAAUUUUAGAAGCAAAGGAAAGGCUUCAGAAGUUGGCCAAAGGUCCAAUCAAAAGUAUUGGACUGGAGCUUGAGAAUGUUCCAGCUUACUUACACUCCCAAGCAGUUACUGCUGGUUUCCAAGAAUACGUUGAGGCCCGGACACUAUGCUCCUUAAUAGAAAGUAAAACAAUUAUAAAAUGGGAAGAUGUACAGAGGGAACUGACAUAUACAGUAGGAGACCUAUUCUAUAAUGAAUCAAGGGCAGUCGUGACCAUGCUGACAAAAAAUGAUUAUAUGCUUGGCAUUGCUGAUUUAACUGGUGAGCUGAUGCGAAGAGCAAUUAACAGCAUCUCUAGUGGAGACAGUGAAGAAUGUUUCAACUGCUGCCAAAAUAUCAGAGAGAUUUUUACAGGCUAUUUAGGUGUGAUCGGAUGCACUCGAGAGCUGAUGCGCAAGUUGGCAACGACUAGGCGCAACGUGGAGAAGGUGGAGGCGGCCGCGUAUGCGCUGCGGGUUCGCGGGGGCGAAGCGCCGCCCGCGCUGCUGGCCACCGCCCAGCCGUCCUGGGACUCCGCCCCCGCCCACUCCGACGACGAGGGCUUCUAU